GACGCGUCCCGGCUCGGCGAUGCUGUUGGCGUCAGCUCGGGCUCCGUCCCGCGCGUCGCGGCGAAGGGACCGCUGCAAGCGCUGCCGCUCGCCCUCGGCAAGCAUGGAGAAAGGACCCGACCCCUCGACCAGCGGCUCGGUGCCUUUGGCCUCAUCCUCCACGGCCACUUUCAAGGAGGAACUGCUGUGCCCCAUCUGUUACGAGCCUUUCCGAGAAGCCGUGACGCUUUGCUGCGGCCACAACUUCUGCAAAGGCUGCGUGAGCCGUUCCUGGGAGCACCGGCACCACGUGUGCCCCGUCUGCAAAGAGACCUCCUCCUUCGACGACCUUCGCGUCAACCACACGCUCAACAACCUGGUGGAGAUGAUCAUCAAGGAGGAGGGGCAGCGGCGAGAGCGGGCGGCUGCCCUCUGCCCCCUGCAUCACGAAGAAGCCAAACUCUUCUGUCUGGAGGACAAGGAGCUGACGUGCUUCAUCUGCCAGAGCUCCAAGCAGCACGAAGGGCACAAGAUGCGACCGGUGCAGGAGACGGCGGCUGAUUUCAGGGCCAAGCUGAAGAACAUGGAGACAUCCCUGCGGGAAAAGGCGAAGGAUUUCGGGGCUGUGCAUCGCUCCUACGAGUCCAUCUCCAAACACAACCUGGUCGAAGCGAUGCGGCUGGAGGAGCAGAUCAGGAAGGAGUUUGAGAAGCUGCACAAGUUCCUGCAGAGUGAGGAGAAGGCACUGCUGGCUCAGCUGCAGGAGGAGACACGGCACAAGCACAACCUCAUCGAGGGCAAGAUGAAGCAGCUGGCGGAGGAGAGCCGAGCCCUGCUCAACGAAGCCCGGCAGCUCCAGAGGGACCUCAAAGAGGAUGACUAUACCUUCCUCAUGAGCCACAAGAACCGUAAGCGCAGGAUUGCCUGCACAGCCGAGAAGCCAGAGGCUGUGGCCUCAGGGAUGCUCCUCGAUGUCUCAAAAUACUUGGGCUCACUGCAGUACAACGUGUGGAAGAAGAUGCUAGACAUCAUCACCGUAGUCCCCUUCAGCUUCGACCCCAACUCAGCAGCAGGCUGGCUCUCGGUGUCUGAUGACCUCUCCAGUGUCACCAACACGGGCUACAAGCUGCUGGUGGAGAAUCCCGAGCGCUUCACCUCGGCCCCCUGCAUCUUGGGCUCGUGCAGCUUCUCCAAGGGCUUCCACACCUGGGAGGUGGACCUGGGUGGUAUCCUGAACUGGCGAGUGGGUGUCGCCCGACCACGCAAUGGCACCCACUGGACCUUCCACCACGAUGCUCGCUCUGGUUUCUGGUACAUCUACCGGCUUCCCGGGAAGGACAGCGAGAUGUGCCGGGCCUCCAACUCGGCUCAUUCAGAGGCGGCCCUGGGCGACCUGAAACGGAUCCGAGUGGAGCUGGACUGUGACGAAGGAGAGCUCUCCUUCUACGACGCCGACCGCAAGAGCCACAUCUACACCUUCCACGAGAAGUUUGGCGAUGCUGUCUGCCCUUACUUCUACGUGGGGGGGACACCCGUGGGGGUGCUGCCCGAGCCGCUGCGCAUCUGCCCCCUCCGUGUCCGUGUCCACGAGGAUGUCCCAGUUUAGUGGGCAACACCAACUCCUACCGCUGCCUCCACUUGCAUUUUAGGUUCUCCAGAUGCUUUUGCAGCUUUCCUCAGGAAAAAACAAACAAAAGGGAAAAAAAGAACAUACUGCCUGGUUUGUUUUUGGGUUUUUUUUUAAACACUAAUAAAAACUGUGCUUUUCUGA